UUUACCACCGGCCAUGGCAGGAAGAGAAGGACAAAAGAGGGCAGCUAGCUCCUGCAAGAUCUUGACAUGUGUGAAGACUGCAGCCACCACCACCGCCUUUAAUUCCUUCUCUCUUCCUGCCUCCCCACACCACCACACCACACAAGUUUACCAAAAAGCAUCGUCGUCGUCGUCAUCAUCCGGGAAUGGAGGGAGGAGAAAUCAAGAAGCCGCGACCUCCUGCAAGCUAUCGAUCGGCAGCAGCCUUGGGUUUGAUCCCAUCGAUCGAUGGGUCGCAUGCCGCGCCGACUCGACCCAGCCAUCUGAGAUCGAUCGAUCAGUGUCGAUCCAUGGGGAGCGGCAAGGUGUCCCCAGGCGCCGUUGCCGGCGCGAGCGGGCCGCCGCCGGGCGCCGUGUGCUGCAUGUGUGGCGACCGCGGCCUCCUGCCCGAGCUCUUCCGCUGCUCCGCCUGCUCCGUCCGCUCCCAGCACACAUACUGCACGUAUCGGUACCCGAAGGCGGAGUCGUACGGCACCUGCAACUGGUGUCUGAGGGCGGACGGAGGUGUGCCUUCUACUUCUAACUCGCCGAGAUCCGCUGGCAAAGCGGCCGUCCGGCCGGCAGCUCAGGGCGACACGACCGGCGGCGUCGGCGGCGGCAGUGGCAGAUCACCCAAGGUUGCAGCUCGUGGCGACUUCGCGUCGUCGAACCUAAGCAAGCCUAUCAAGAAGCAACAGCAGCGGCGGCUCCUGCUGCGUGGAUCGGCGUCGGACCUUGGCAGCCGCGUCCGCGCCGACCACGACGAUCCGCCGUCGCCCGGCGUCGCGCGGGGCAGGCCGAGGGUCCGGAGGUACAAGCUCUUGGAAGAGGUGAUGAUCACUAGCUAGCCAGCAGCUCUUGUGGGCUCGAUGUGUGCGUAUUAGGUGUAUGUUCGUGUGCAUAUGUAGACAGCAGCUUGUGCUGCCAUCAGUGCCAUGGAUGCAUGGAGAUCUAGCUGUGUGCUGAGUUGUUAAUCUGCGCGCGCGUGUACAUGAGGAGUACUUGCUAACGUGCAGCUCGAUCAUGUGAUGAGCAGCGCGCUAGCUUGAUCGAUCGUCGGUUGGUUAAGCUGUUUAUAGAGAGAGUUCGAUCUGCGUGUAAAUAAAUAAAGUUUUUUUCCCUUUC